GCUGAUCCACAGAGGAGUUUAAUGCAUGUGCAGCAUGGCUGACUGCAUGAGUGUGGUGUGAGAGGGAGCGUGGACGAACAUUUCCAAUUGGAGAGUAUUUGCCCUCUGUUUUGUUGAGCUGGAGUUUUCUUCUUAAUUUAGGGUGAUGUCCCAGUGCUGGUGCAGGCAGGUCCUGCUCGGUGUGGAACUGGGCAUGCUGGUGGCGGUCCUGUUGGUCAGCAGUGCAGGACAGAGCCACGGCAGGAGGGAGGCAGGCUCGUCCUGCUACGGAGGGUUUGAUCUGUACUUUGUUUUGGACAAGUCUGGCAGUGUGCAACAUCACUGGAAUGAGAUUUAUUAUUUUGUUGACCACCUGGCUCACAAGUUUAUCAGUCCUCAGCUGCGGAUGUCUUUCAUUGUAUUUUCAACAGAAGGAAGGACUCUCAUGGCACUGACAGAAGACAGAGAGCAGAUCCGGGCCGGGCUGGAAGAGCUCAACAUGGUGCAUCCGGGCGGAGACACCUUCAUGGACAAAGGUUUUCAAAGAGCCAGCGAGCAAAUAUACUAUGGGACCGGAGACGGUUACCGGACAGCCAGUGUGAUCAUCGCCCUGACGGACGGUGAACUGAGGGAAAACCAGUUUGACCUCGCACAAAGAGAGGCAGGCAGAGCUCGCCAGUUGGGUGCCACCGUGUACUGUGUCGGGGUUAAAGACUUCAAUGAAACCCAGCUUUCAACGAUAGCUGACAGUAAGGACCAUGUGUUCCCGGUGAACGAUGGAUUUGAGGCGCUACAAGGAGUCAUUGACUCGAUCCUGAAGAGAUCAUGCAUCGAGAUCUUGGCUGUAGAGCCGUCCAGCAUCUGUGCAGGAGAAUCUUUCCAAGUGGUAGUAAAAGGAAAUGGUUUCCUUCACACCCGAGACGUACAGAAAGUUCUCUGCAGCUUCCGCAUCAAUGACACCAUUACUUUGAUGAAAAGACCUUUGGUGGUGAAAGAUACCUACCUUUUGUGCCCAGCUCCUGUACUGGAAAAAGAGGGAACAUGUGCCACGCUCCACGUCAGCAUGAAUAAUGGCCUGAGUUUUGUAUCAAGCUCCGUCACAAUUACUGCAGUCACGUGUUCUGAUGGGACCUUUGUGGCCAUAGCGUUGCUCAUCCUGCUGCUCCUGCUCAUCGUCCUCCUGCUCUGGUGGUUCUGGCCUCUUUGCUGCACCGUGGUCAUUCACGAGCCACCCCCUCCAGUAAUAGAGGACAGCUCUGAUGACGAAGAUGGUUUUCCCAAGAAGAGGUGGCCCACAGUGGACGCCUCAUACUACGGAGGACGUGGAGUCGGAGGCAUCAAGCGAAUGGAGGUCCGAUGGGGAGAUAAAGGCUCAACUGAAGAAGGAGCUAAACUGGAAAAAGCUAAAAACGCUCGAGUUGUGAUGCCCGAGGAGGAGUAUGAUCCACCGAGGCCUUACUACCAAACGCACAAAUCAGUGCGCCCACAGAAGUGGUACUCUCCUAUAAAGGGCAAACUGGACGCUUUGUGUGUAUUUCUGAGAAAAGGCUAUGACAGAGUGUCUGUGAUGAGACCUCAUCCUGGAGACAAGGGCAAGUGCAUACACUUCACCAGAAGUAAAUCCUACCCUACUCCUCACUAUCCCAUCUACAACCAUCCCUCCACGCCCGUCUACACUUUGCCCCACAGUUACCAGCGUCGUCCUUCAGAGGGCAGCCACACAUUCUUGCCCCCUUUGCCCACUUCAACACUCCCCCCUCUGCCGUCCACUCCUCCCCCGUCCUUCACCACCCUUCCUGCGUACACACCCCCUCCCAACAGAGCCCUGCCUCCUUCCAACUUCAGGUCAAUCUCUGCACCCCCAUCUCCAACCGGCUCCCUACCGCCUCCUCCUCAGGGUCCAGCCCCGUGCAGAGCGCCUCCUCCGUCACGCCCUCCUCCGCGCCCCAAUCAUGAUGAUGAUGAUGAUGAUAAUGAUGAUGAUGAUUAUGAUGGUGAUGAUGAUGAUUAAAAAACUGAAUGUUGAGAAGGAUCCUCUUCUCACUGUCCAAACAGAGUGACUGUUAAAUGUUGCCUUGAGAGGCUGCAGCUGAUGAGUGAAUGUCAGUUUUCCCGCACAAGUGGCUCACGCAUGAUGUGUCAUGGACUAUGACUUGAAUUUUUGAGUCUAGAAAGUAAAUAGUGUAGCGAGCACAGCUUUGGCUAUUAAAUGUUAUUGGAGCUAAGCAAUGUAUUCAUAUCUUAAGAACAUUUCUUCCAAAUAUCUGACAUAUUGGUCAAGCAUUGCAAUAUGCUAUGGAGUUGCAUACACUUAUAUUUUAGUCUUUGCUUGAUGCAAAUAUUUUCACCUAAACAAAUAAUAAUGAUGAGUAUUAGCAGCAGGAUAUCUGUUUGCUCAGUAACUGUGUCAUGUGUUUUAAACAUGCAAGUCUGUUUGGCAAGUGCUGUUUUGGGAAAUGUAUAUUUUGUAAAUGAAAAUUCAAUAAAUCACAUAAAUAUAUAA